GAGUGGUGGACUUUUAAAAAGCAUCGACAGCCCGUGAUAUGUCGACUUCGCUGGUCCUGCAUCCACGCUGGGCGGACACCUUGAUGUACGUUUAUGAAAAAAGCCCGAAUGAAAAUAAUCCGAAUAAAAGCCAAGCCAUGGAGGGACUGAGUGGGAAUUGCCCCGCUUCCCACUGCAGGGAUUUGAUCUCGCACCCGGCGCUUGGGCGGCAUCCUGGCACCAUAGCGCCUCACCAAGGCUCUGUGUAUCCGGAUAUAUCCUCGGCAGACGCCGGACGACAGUGCCCCGCUCCGCAAACUUCCACAAACGCCACGCUGGGAUAUGGCUACCCUUUUGGAAGCCCUUAUUAUGGCUGCAGGUUGUCGCACUCGCACAACGUGAACUUGCAGCAGAAGCCCUGCUCUUACCACCCGUCUGAGAAAUACGCGGAGCCCAGCAGCGCGCUGCCCACAGAAGAACUGUCCAGCAGGGCCAAAGAAUUCGCAUUUUACCCCAGUUUUGCAAGCUCUUAUCAGACUGUCCCGGGUUAUUUAGACAUGUCGGUGGUGCCCAGUAUCAGUGCACACCCGGAGCCUCGGCACGAAGCACUGAUACCGGUGGAAGGCUACCAGCACUGGGCUCUUUCUAAUGGCUGGGAAGGGCAGGUGUACUGUUCCAAAGAACAAACUCAGUCCACUCAUCUCUGGAAGUCCCCGUUCCCAGAUGUGGUUCCCUUGCAACCCGAAGUCAGCAGUUACCGCCGAGGCCGCAAGAAACGCGUUCCAUACACCAAGAUCCAACUGAAGGAGCUGGAAAAGGAAUAUUCCGCAAGCAAAUUCAUCACCAAAGACAAAAGAAGGCGCAUCUCAGCCACGACCAAUCUUUCCGAGCGCCAGGUCACCAUCUGGUUUCAGAACCGCCGGGUCAAAGAGAAGAAAUUCGUGUGUAAAUCUAAAAGCAGUACCCAUAUGCACAGUACUUGA